UUUGUCGCUCCACCUCCUUUUCCCAACAUGGCUGCUGACUCUACUCUCUCAGGUAGCGCUCAGAUUGGAGGCUGACUCGGUUUCUAUCAUCCGUUGCCUCUCAAAUUUGGGUGUUUGGCCACUUCGUUUGGAUGCAAAUCACGAUUUGCUCUUUGUUGUUGGCCCAGGGCUGAUUUAGUGGAAUAACCUUCACCAAUCACUCCCCGCAGCGGGCCGUUUCCCCCCACAAACAAGCCAACAGUUUGCGGUGCCAUGGUUUGACCCGCUAUUCCUCUCCAUUAACAAUGUGUGAAAACUGCGCCGAGCUGGUGGAGGUUUUAAAUGAAAUAUCUGAUGCAGACGGCAGUGAUGGCGGCUUCCAGCUGAAGAAGGAACAUGCUCUGCGAGUUCUGGGUUACAUCAGCUCCUGGACACAGAGGCAGUGUCUCUGUUGCUUCAAGGAGUACAAACACCUGGAGGUCUUCAACCAGCUGGUAUAUGCACUCAUCAACUUGGUUAUUGCCCAGAUCAGUUGCCUACGAGACCGCCUGUGCAGCGCUCAGGAGCACACCCGUCAACAAGGUGCGUCAAAGGCUGAGGAGGCAGGAUCCAACUGGAGCGGCAGCGGCAGCGAGGGUGCUUCUGGGCUCCUCCCACGGCCGUCCUCACCUGGGGAGGAUGAACCUGUGAAUGUAGAAAGGGACUCUGCUGAAGAGGACACAGAUGCACCUGACCCCAGUCAGAAUCAACCCCAGACCCAGGGUGACGAGGCCAAACAGUCAGGUGAAGACCAAACUGAAGUGCCAGGGCCUGGGGAGAGCAGGUCUGGGGGUGGUGGAGAUGACGCUGGAGCUGACGUCAGAGAUGGCGACGGUGCAGACCUGUUUGGCUCCUGGACCACAGAGGAGAGGGAGAAACUGCUGCUUUGUGCCGCCAAGAUCUUCCAGAUCCAGUUCCCCCUGUACACAGCUUACAAACACAACACCCACCCCACCAUCGAGGACAUAUCUGGUCAUGAGAGCAACAUCCUCGGCUCCUUCUGUGAUAUGAACGAUGUGGAGGUGCCACUGCAUUUGCUGCGUUAUGUUUGUCUGUUCUGUGGGAAGAACGGCCUCUCACUGAUGAAGGAAUGCUUUGAGUUUGGCUCCCCGGAGACACUCCCCUUCCCAAUUGCUCACGCCUUCAUCACCAUUGUCUCCAAUAUUAGAAUAUGGUUGCACAUUCCUGCUGUCAUGCAGCACAUAAUACCGUUCCGCACGUACGUCAUACGGUACCUGUGUAAGCUGUCAGACCAGGAGCUACGACAGAGCGCGGCGAGGAACAUGGCCGACCUGAUGUGGAGCACGGUGAAGGAGCCGCUGGACAGCGCGCUGUGCUUCGACAAGGAGAGCCUGGAUCUCGCCUUCAAAUACUUCAUGUCCCCGACGCUCACCAUGAGGCUGGCCGGACUCAGUCAGAUCACGAACCAGCUCCACACCUUCAAUGACGUCUGCAACAACGAGUCCCUGGUGUCCGACACAGAAACGUCGAUAGCAAAGGAACUAGCUGAUUGGUUGAUCCACAACAAUGUGGUGGAACAUAUAUUCGGACCAAAUUUGCACAUUGAGAUUAUUAAACAGUGCCAAGUCAUCCUGAACUUCUUGGCUGCGGAGGGUCGACUCAGCACGCAGCACGUUGACUGUAUUUGGGCUGCAGCUCAGCUGAAACACUGCAGUCGCUAUAUCCACGACCUUUUCCCUUCACUCAUCAAAAACUUGGAUCCAGUGCCUCUCCGCCAUGUCCUUAACCUGGUGUCGGGCCUGCACCCUAGUGGCCACACUGAGCAGACAUUGUACUUGGCGUCCAUGCUGAUUAAAGCUCUGUGGAACAACGCAUUAGCGGCGAAGGCGCAGCUUUCCAAGCAGAGCUCCUUUGCCUCUCUGCUCAACACCAACAUGCCCAUGGGCAACAAGAAAGGUUCACCUGCCGCCAGUCCUGACAGCAGCGACAACAGUGAUACUCAGCACAGCGCGGGCAGCGACAUGGAGAUGGACGACCGGCUAAUGACGGGCAGUAAGAGGAGCCAGCAGAGGCUCUCUGACACAGAGGAGUCGAUGCAGGGCAGCUCAGAUGAGACAGCCAACAGCGUGGAGGAAGGCAGCAGCGGGCCGGGCAGCAGCAGUGGCCACAGUGAGGCUUCCAGCAACGAAGCUGCCUCCAGCCGAGCCAGCCAGUCCGCCGGGAGCCCGGGGAGCGAACUGCACUCUGAUGAUAUGGCGGACAGCGAGGCUUUAAAGGAGGAGGAGGAGGAGGAAGAAGAAGAGGAAGAGGAGGAGGAUGAAGAGGACGAUGAGGAGGAGGAGGAGGACGAUGACGAGGAGGACGAUGAUGAUGGGAACCGGUCUGCUGCUGAGGGCGGCCAGCAGAAAGAGCCCCGGGAGCAGACAGAUUCCAGGAAGAGGAAGGCGGGAGAGGCCCUCGGAGAGGGAUCAAGCCAGGGAGGUAGACCGAGUGACUCGGGGGUUGGAGCCAAAGCCAAGGUUCUCCCUUUCAACCCGGAGACGGGUUCAGUCAUGGUUACAGCUGUAUCGACGCCACUGGAAGGCCGUAUGAGGAUUUUGGACACGUGCGCUGCAUCUUCAUCUUCUCGGCCCGACGGGUCUGAGCGAGAGGCCCAACACCAGCCGCCGGACCUCGGCCCCUCCCAAAUGGUCCAGGCGCCACAGGAGCCUCCUUGCUUGCCUCAGCCUGCGGACUUCCUGGGAGAGGCUAUGGGCUCAGAUCUUUUCAACUGUCGACGAUUUAUUGGCUCCCAGCACCAUCAUCACCACCACCACCAUCACCAUCACCACCAUCACCACCACCAUAAUCAUGAAGGACCCAUGGUGGAGGACAUGCUGAGUGCCGAUGACGUCAGCUGCAGCAGCUCUCAGGUCAGCGCCAAGUCAGAGAAAAACAUGGCUGACUUUGACGGCGAGGAGUCAGGCUGUGACGAAGAGCUGGUUCAGAUCAAUUCCCACGCUGAGCUCAGCUCACACCUCCAGCAGCACCUCCCCAACCUUGCUUCCAUUUACCACGAGCACCUCGUGCAGGGACCAGCUGUCCAUAAGCACCAGUACUCCAGCAGCCACGCUGUCACCGACAUCAACCUGGACAAUGUUUGCAAGAAGGGCAACACUCUGCUGUGGGAUCUUGUGCAAGAUGAGGACGCGAUUCAUCUGUCUGAGGGUCUAAUCAAUGAAGCAGAGAAGCUGCUGUGUUCACUGGUCUGUUGGUUCACGGACAGACAGAUCCGGAUGCGCUUCAUUGAGGGUUGCCUUGACAACUUGGCUCACCAUCGGUCUGUUGUGGUUUCACUGCGUCUACUUCCAAAACUCUUCGGCACUUUUCAGCAGUUUGGCUCCAGCUACGACACUCACUGGAUCACCAUGUGGGCUGAGAAAGAGCUGCACAUGAUGAAGCUGUUCUUCGACAAUCUGCAACACUACAUCCAGGAGGUCCGAGAACACCGGCACAAGUUCUCACUGUACAGCCACAGUGCGGAGGUCCAGGUCCGGCUGCAGUUCCUCACCUGUGUCUUCUCCACACUCGGCUCUCCAGAUCAUUUCAGACUGAGCCUGGAGCAGGUGGACAUUCUGUGGCACUGCCUGGUGGAGGAUGUUGAGUGCUAUGACGAUGCACUGCACUGGUUCCUCAAUCAGGUUCGCAGCAAGGACCAGCAUGCCAUGGGCAUGGAGACCUACAAACACCUGUUCCUGGAGAAGAUGCCCCAGCUGAAACCAGAGACCAUCAGCAUGACGGGACUCAACCUCUUCCAGCACCUCUGUAACCUGGCCCGCCUGGCUACCAGCGCCCUGGACAAUGCUUCCAGCUGUGAGCAGCUCUGUGGGAUGGAUCAGCUGUGGGGAAUCGCUUUGAGAGCCCAGUCGGCUGACAUCAGCCGCGCUGCCAUCCAGUACAUCAACUCUUACUACAUUAAUGCUGGUAAGACGGGCCUGGAGAAGGAGCAGGAGUUUAUCAGGAAGUGUAUGGAGAGCCUGCUGAUGGCCUCAGCCAACCUGGAGAAGGACUCUUACUCCAGCCUGACCAGCAUCGAGAGGGGCCUGCUGAUGCUCAAAACACACCUGGAGGCCUUCAGGCGCAGGUUCGCUUACCACCUGCGACAGUGGCAGAUCGAGGGGACGGGAAUCAGCAGCCACCUGAAGGCUCUGAGCGACAAGCAGUCUGUGCCGCUCAGGAUCGUCUGUCAGCCCGCCGGCCUGCCUGACAAGAUGACUAUCGAGAUGUACCCCAGCGACCAGGUGGCAGACCUGCGAGCCGAGGUGACGCACUGGUACGAGAACCUGCAGAAGGAGCAGAUGAACCAGCAGGCUCAGCUGCAGGAGUUCGGUCAGAGCGGGCGACAAACAGGAGAAUUCCCAGGCGGUUUGAUGGGACCAGUCAGAAUGAUUUCCUCUGGACAUGAGCUGACCACUGACUAUGAUGAGAAGACUCUCCACGAGCUGGGCUUCAAAGACAUGCAGAUGGUGUUUGUCUCUCUCGGAGCACCGAGGCGGGAGAGGAAGGGGGAGGGCGUGCAACUCCCAGCCUCCUGCCUGCCUCCCCCUCAGAAGGAGCACAUUCCCAUGCUGCUGCUCCUCCAGGAGCCGUACCUCACCACGCUGUUUGACCUGCUGGAGAUGUUGGCCUGUUUCAAGCCUCCUAGUGCCAAUGCUGAGAAGCUGAUUGACAGUCCAGAGAGUGCUCGCUGUGAGGAGCUUCACCUCCACGCAGAGAAUCUGUCUCGUCGGGUUUGGGAACUAUUGAUGCUGCUUCCUACAUGUCCCAAGAUGCUGCAGGCUUUCCAGAACAUCUCAGAUGACACUAACGGUGAGGGUCUGUGCUGGAAGGAGCUGCUGAGAAUUAAAAGUCCCCACAAGCUGCUUUACGCUCUGGAGAUCAUUGAAGCUCUGGGAAAACCCAACCGACGCAUCCACCGAGAGUCCACAGGCAGCUACAGUGAUCUCUAUCCUGAUUCUGAUGACUCCAGUGAGGAUCAGAUAGAAAACAGCAAGAACACGUGGAGCUGCAAGUUUGUUUCUUCUGGUGGCCUCCAGCUGCUCCUUGAGAUCUUCAACUCUGGCAUUUUGGAGCCCAAAGACCAGGAGUCCUGGACUGUGUGGCUGUUGGACUGCCUUGCCUGCCUCCUGAAGCUCAUCUGUCAGUUUGCAGUGGAUCCAGCAGACUUGGACUUGGCCUACCAUGAUGUCUUCUCGUGGUCCGGCCUGGUUGAUGGCCAGCACAAACGGGCCUGGCCAGGCAAAUCCCGCAAGUCCACCGUUGACCACGGCAAAGGCCUUCACAUUCCCCGACUGACUGAAGUCUUCCUCAGCCUUGUCCAAGGCACAAACCUCAUCCAGCGCCUGAUCAAUGUGGCCUACACCUACGACAACCUCGCUCACAGAGUCCUAAAGGCUCAGUCUGACCACAGAUCCCGGCAUGAAGUGACUCACUAUUCCAUGUGGCUGUUGGUGAGCUGGGCUCACUGCUCUUCCGUGGUGAAGUCCAAUCUGGCGGACAGCGACCACCUUCACGACUGGCUGAAGAAACUCACGCUGCUGGUGCCUGAGCCGGCCGUGAGACACGAGGCAUGUAACGGCCUCUAUAAACUGUCUUUGUCGGGUUUGGAGGGGGGCGAGUCCAUCAACAGGUCCUUCCUGCUGCUCUCCGCCUCUACACUGCUCAAGUUCCUGCCCGAUGCACAGGCUCUCAAACCGCUGCAGGUUGAGGACUAUGAGGAGGAGCCUCUGUUGAGGACAGGCUGUAAGGAAUAUUUCUGGCUGCUGUGUAAACUCAUUGAUAACAUUCAUGUUAAAGAUGCCAGUCAGACCACUCUGCUGGACCUGGAUGCUCUGGCCCGACACCUUGCCGACUGCAUCAGGAGUCGAGAGAUCCUGGACCAGCAGGACGGUGCCAUCGAGGAUGAUGGGCUGACCGGCCUCUUGCGUCUCGCCACCAGCGUCCUGAAACACAAGCCUCCCUUCAAGUUUUCCCGUGAGGGGCAGGAGUUCCUGAGGGAUGUGCACAACCUCCUCUUCCUCCUGCCCAGCUUGGCAGACCGCGCUCAGCCCAAGUGCAAGUCGCACGCUGCCCGAGCAGCCGCCUACGACCUGUUGGUGGAGACGGUGAAGGGCUCGGUGGAGAAUUACCGUCUGCUCCAUAACUGGGUCAUGUCCCAGCACAUGCAGGCCUCUCACGGCCCAUACAAGUGGGACUACUGGCCCCACGAUGACGUCCGGGCCGAGUGCCGCUUUGUGGGUCUGACCAACCUGGGAGCGACUUGUUACCUGGCAUCCACCAUCCAGCAGCUCUACAUGAUCCCUGAGGCACGGCAGGCCGUUUUCACUGCCAAGUAUGCUGAGGAUAUCAAACAUAAGACCACUCUGCUGGAGCUGCAGAAGAUGUUUACGUAUCUCAUGGAGAGCGAGAGGAAAGCCUACAAUCCGCGGCCGUUCUGUAAAACCUACACCAUGGACAAGCAGCCUCUCAACACUGGGGAGCAGAAAGACAUGACAGAGUUCUUCACUGACCUCAUCACCAAGAUAGAAGAGAUGUCCCAAGAUCUGAAAAACACAGUGAAGACUCUGUUUGGAGGCGUCAUCACCAAUAAUGUGGUCUCUCUGGACUGUGACCACGUCAGCCAAACGGCAGAGGAGUUUUACACAGUCAGAUGUCAGGUGGCUGACAUGAAGAACAUCUACGAAUCACUUGAUGAGGUGACCAUUAAGGACACGCUGGAGGGCGACAACAUGUACACUUGUUCCCAGUGCGGAAAGAAGGUCCGCGCAGAGAAAAGAGCUUGUUUCAAGAAGCUGCCGCGUAUUCUGAGCUUCAACACCAUGCGCUACACCUUCAACAUGGUCACCAUGAUGAAGGAGAAGGUCAACACCCAUUUCUCCUUUCCACUGCGCCUCGACAUGACGCCCUAUACGGAGGAUUUCCUCAUGGGCAAAGGAGAGCGCAAGGAGGGAUUUCGGGAAGAAGGAGAAGUAAAGGUCACGGAGAGCUACGAGUACGACCUCAUCGGGGUGACUGUCCACACUGGGACGGCGGAUGGUGGACAUUACUACAGCUUCAUCAGAGACAUCGUCAACCCACACGCCUACAAGAACAACAAGUGGUAUCUGUUCAAUGAUGCAGAGGUGAAGCCUUUCGACUCGGCCCAGCUGGCCUCCGAGUGCUUCGGAGGGGAAAUGACGACUAAAACGUACGACUCUGUCACAGACAAGUUCAUGGAUUUCUCCUUUGAGAAGACACACAGUGCCUACAUGCUUUUCUACAAGAGAGUUGAGCUGGAAGAAGAUAACGGCAAGGACUUCAGUUCUGACGUCUCUCCCGAUCUGCUUGAGUGGAUUUGGCAUGACAACAUGCAGUUUCUCCAGGACAAAAACAUCUUUGAACACACCUACUUCGGGUUUAUGUGGCAGCUCUGCAGCAGCAUCCCCAGCACCCUGCCCGACCCAAAAGCCAUCUCCCUCAUGACCGCCAAGCUCAGCACUUCUUUUGUUCUGGAGACCUUCAUUCACUCCAAAGAGAAGCCCACCAUGCUGCAGUGGAUCGAACUUCUCACCAAACAGUUCAACAACAGCCAGGCUGCCUGCGAGUGGUUUUUAGAUCGAAUGGCUGAUGACAACUGGUGGCCGAUGCAAAUCCUCAUUAAGUGUCCAAAUCAAAUCGUCAGACAGAUGUUUCAAAGGUUGUGUAUUCACGUCAUCCAGAGGCUGCGGCCGGUUCACGCUCACCUCUACUUACAACCCGGGAUGGAGGACGGGUCCGACGACAUGGACAGUUCAGUGGAGGACAUCGGCAGCCGGUCCUGCGUGACGCGCUUUGUAAAGACCCUCCUGUCCAUCAUGGAGCACGGCGUCAAGCCCCACAGCAAACACCUGACCGAGUACUUUGCCUUUCUCCACGAAUUUGCCAAGAUGGGAGAGGAAGAGAGUCAGUUUCUGUUGUCACUGCAAGCCAUCUCCAUCAUGGUGCAUUUUUAUAUGGGUACCAAAGGACCUGAAAAUCCUCAGGUGGAGGUUCUGUCAGAGGAGGAGGGGGAGGAGGAGGACGAAGAGGAGGACAUCUUGUCCCUGGCAGAGGAGAAGUAUCGUCCUGCGGCUCUGGAGAAGAUGAUUGCCCUCAUUGCCCUGCUGGUGGAGCAGUCUCGCUCUGAGAGACACCUGACUUUGUCGCAGAGCGACAUGGCGGCGCUGACCGGCGGGAAAGGCUUCCCCUUCCUCUUCCAACACAUCCGAGACGGCAUCAACAUCAGACAGACCUGCAACUUGAUCUUCAGUCUCUGUCGCUACAACAACCGCCUGGCCGAGCAUAUUGUGUCAAUGCUCUUCACCUCCAUCGCAAAGCUAACUCCUGAGGCAGCCAACCCUUUCUUCAAGCUGCUGACGAUGCUCAUGGAGUUUGCAGGCGGACCACCAGGCAUGCCUUCCUUUGCCUCUUAUAUCCUGCAGCGAAUCUGGGAGGUGAUAGAGUACAACCCGUCUCAGUGUCUGGACUGGCUGGCCGUCCAGACGCCCCGGAACAAACUGGCUCACAGCUGGGUUCUGCAGAACAUGGAGAACUGGGUAGAACGCUUUCUGCUGGCCCACAACUAUCCCAGAGUCCGCACAUCGGCAGCGUACCUCCUUGUAUCUCUCAUCCCCAGCAACCCCUUCCGCCAGAUGUUUCGCUCCACUCGCUCCCUUCACCUUCCAACCCGCGAGCUCCCGCUGUCACCUGACACCACCGUGGUUCUGCACCAAGUCUACAAGCUGUUGCUGGGGCUGCUGGGACGCGCCAAACUGUACGUGGAUGCCAGCGUGCACGGCACCACCAAACUGGUCCAAUAUUUCAGCUUUAUGACCUACUGCCUCAUCUCAAAGACUGAGAAACUCAUGUUCUCCAGCUACUUCAUGGACCUUUGGAACCUCUUCCAGCCCAAACUCUCGGAGCCAGCCAUCGCCACAAACCACAACAAACAGGCGCUGCUGUCCUUCUGGUACAAUGUGUGCGUGGACUGUCCUGAGAAUGUUCGCCUGGUGGUGCAGAACCCCGUCGUCACCAAGAACAUCGCCUUCAACUACAUCCUGGCUGACCACGACGACCAGGAGGUGGUGCUCUUCAAUCGCGGCAUGUUGCCCGCCUACUAUGGCAUCCUACGCAUGUGCUGUGAGCAGUCGCCCACCUUCACUCGGCAGCUGGCGUCGCACCAAAACAUCCAGUGGGCCUUCAAGAACCUGACACCGCAUGCCAGCCAGUACCCUGGGGCGGUGGAGGAGCUGUUUAACCUGAUGCAGCUGUUUGUAACGCAGCAUGCCGACAUGCGAGAAGAGGAGCUGGAAGACGUCAAACAGUUUAAGAAGACCACCAUCAGCUGUUACCUGCGCUGCCUGGACGGGCGCUCCUGCUGGACCACCCUCAUCAGUGCCUUUAGAAUCCUGCUGGAGAAUGAUGAGGAUCGACUGCUGGUGGUCUACAACAGAGGACUCAUCCUCAUGACCGAGUCCUUCAACACUCUCCACAUGAUGUACCACGAGGCGACAGCUUGUCAUGUGACCGGAGACCUGGUGGAGCUGCUGUCCAUCUUCCUGUCUGUCCUCAAAGCCACUCGGCCGUACCUGCAGCGUAAAGACGUGAAGCAGGCUGUGAUCCAGUGGCAGGAGAGAAUUGAUUUUGCUCACAAACUGCUCACCCUCCUUAACUCCUACAGCCCCCCUGAGCUCCGGAACGCCUGCCUGGAUGUGCUGAAGGAGCUGGUUCUGCUGAGCCCACAUGACUUCCUGCACACGCUGGUUCCCUUUCUGCAGCAUAACCACUGCACCUACCACCACAGCAACAUCCCCAUGUCGUUCGGCCCUUACCUGCCCUGCAGAGAGAACAUCAAACUGAUGGGAGCUAAAAACAACAUUCGACCUUCCAGACCAGAGCUGAACAUGUGCCUGCUGCCGUCCAUGGUGGAGAGCAGCAAGGGUAAAGACGAGGUGUACGACAGGAUGCUGCUGGAUUAUUUCCUGUCGUAUCAUCAGUUCAUCCACCUGCUGUGUCGAGUCGCCAUCAACUGUGAGAAAUUUACCGACACGCUCGUGAAACUCAGUGUGUUGAUGGCAUAUGAAGGUCUUCCUCUUCACCUCGCUCUCUUCCCCAAACUCUGGACUGAACUCUGUCAGUCUCAGUCCGUUCUGGCCAAAACGUGUGUGAAGCUGCUGUGUGAGGAUCCCGCCUUCAACGAGUACAUCAAGUGCAUCCUGAUGGACGAGCGCACCUUCCUCAACAACAGCGUGGCCUACACUUUCCUCACCUGCUUCCUGCACAAGGUCCAGGUCCUGUCUGGUCCCAGCUGCUCCAACCUGAUUGGUGUUUUGGUGACAAACCUGCUGAGUGAACAGAGCAGCCUGCAGCCUGAACUGGCUGCUCACCGCCUGGAACUCAGCAAGACCAGCAGCCUGCUGAAUGCUGAUUUGAGGGCGCUGGUUUUGCUGCUGUCUGCACAGCCCCCACAAGUGGUCGACCCCGCCCUCAACCCCGCCCUCCAGGAGCUUUUGUCUCGCUGUCGGGUUUGUGUCCAGCAGUGUAGCGCCUUGGAACUGGAGGCGAAGGACCACCAGACCAAAGCUGAUGAUGACGACGGCGCGACUCCCGUGAAGCGGCAGAGGAUGAACAGCGAUGACGACCGAGCGGAAGACGUGGCGCCGCCCCUCUGCGUCGCCUCCAUGUCUUCUGCGCCACUCCCGCCAUGUGGCGAGUCCAAGCCUGACCACCAGGAGGCGCUGACGCCCACCAGCAACUCAGACACAGAGACUCGUGAUUCCUCUUCCCUGAUCGACCCAGGAACUGAGCAGGACCCGCCCUCCCCGGAACCCGUUCCCACCUCCGCUGGAAACCUGGACUCCUCCCCCAAAGAGGAGAAAAUGGAGGCAUCCUCCUCGUCAUCUUCAUCAUUCUCCUCCUCAUCCUCCCUUUUGCAGGAGACAGGGGAAGCAUUUGUACAGGGGGAGGAGCCUGAGAGGACUCGGCAUGUGGCGGCGGGUGAGGAGGAACAGCAACAGGGUAGGAGGAGUGAGGAGACAUCUGCCCCGUCAGAGGAGGCAAAGGUGGAGAAGGAGGCGGGCUCCAAGAGCAGCGGGAACGUGACUCCGCCCCUCACAGAGGAUGCGGCUUUCCCAUCAUCCUUGGGUCUUCUGGGGGAGGGGGCAGAUGGCUAUGUUGGCCACUCCUUCUCCCAGGUGUUUCCAAGCAGCGUUCCCACUCCCGACAUGCUGGAAAUGCUGUACAGGACAGUCGAAGCCACCAUUGCCAUAGUGACCAAACUGCCUGUUAAAGACCCGCCCUCUUCAUGACAUCAUUAACUUACAGAGAAAAACAGGGGUUUUUUUUCUCCUUCUGCUCCACUUCAUCUUCUCCUGUUGCUGUGCUGCUGUUCGCUGCCUUCUGCUGAUGUUGUCGCUGUGAUGUUUUGUUCUGACCCCACCCACAGUUGACACCCCUUUAACAUAUGAAGAAACCCCCCGCCCCCCCAACACACACACACAUACACACACAUUUCAGUACUUCUUGAAUUUGUUUUGGAAAGCGAUUUUAUUCGUUUGAGGUUUGCUGUACCGGGGAAAAGGUUUACAGAACUUCUGUACGUAAUUUAAUUUUAUUGCAUUUUUACUGUGUAUAAUAUGUUGUCCUCUGUGCCAGUUUUGUACUUGAUAAAAGAGGCAAACAAACGUUGCCUUGGCUUCUUCUGUGGUUUAAUUAUCCAUAAAGUUUACCUGUAAAUUAAAGAGAACCACAUGAAACUUGAUUCUGUAAAGAAUCCUCUCUAGUCGUUGCCUGAAGGUGUAUAUGAAAACUAUAUAAAUAUAUAUAUAUAAAUAUCUUUAUAUAUACAUGAAUCUAUUAAGUGGUGCUUUAUUUGAUGUUGGUUGAAAUAAAGCGCCGCCUGUUUGACCAGUUGUAGCUUUUAUUUUUUUUACUGAAGCACAUUCCUUAAAAUGUUAUUUUCAGCUUGUUCCGUGUUCUUUUAUUUUGAUAGAGUAAAUUAAUAAAAACUGCUUUAAUAUGAA